AUGGACGAAAACAAGAAGUGGAUGCAUAAGGAGACAGAAAGACAAAGAAGACAAGAGAUGGGAGAUCUCUGCACCACCCUUAGAUCUCUUCUGCCUGUCGAAUAUAUUAAGGGAAAGCGCUCAAAUUCUGAUCACGUGAAUGAGGCUGUGAAUUACAUCAACCACCUACGGAAUAAGGUGAAGCAAUUGCAAGCAAAGAGGGAUGAGUUAAUAAAAGUAUCUAAUUUGAGUGCUAUUGAAAGCCCUGACAGUGGAAGCUCUGGUACUACCCAUCUUCCACCCUUUGUUAUUGUUCAUCCUUUACCGGGAGGCCUUAUUGAGAUUAUGUGCAAUUAUAGCUUCAGGAAGUGUGUGUUUCCUUUGUCAAGAGUGCUAGAGAUGUUGUUUCAAGAAGGGCUUAACGUGGUUAGUAGUACUUCCACCAAAACAGAUGGCAGAUUCAUGCACACUAUACGGUUAGAGGUACCAUGUUUGUUUAAUUGUGACUAA